CACAAAAUGCCAGGGACGGAGUGACCAAGGAGUUUUCUGCUUGAAAUCAUGGAUGCAAAUCUGCAUGUGGAUAAACUGAUGGAUGAAGAAGAGUCCCGUCAUGGCAGGAGGAGAAAGAACAGUCUCCUCAACAUGUUGACAGAAACUUGUGGGGGGCUUGAAGCUGUAAGAAGCAGAAGAAAGCAUAAUGAUGGCACGGUGGGUGGAAGAAAAUCCAUAGGAGAAGAACCAGGUAGAGGCAAAGGAGAGGAAAUACAGAGCGGCAGUGAAGAAGGGAUGCUCAGUCAUGCAGAAGAUAAGGAGGAUGAUGAAGAGGAGAGACUGUGCAAGCAGAGAGUUCUGGGAGUAAUGAGGGAGCUCAGUGUUUUUCAUUCUGAGAGAGUGACAGCGUGGAGAGGAGUUCUCAGAGAUUGUGCCAACAAGUCUCCGCCAGGGGACAGUGAUCAGCAGGAAGCGUCCACAAGAGAUACACAUUGGAAAGUCAAACCUUGUUCAGACUCCUUCACAGAUAUUUUUCUGAGUGUUUGGGAGAACAUAGAUGUCAUUAUGGACACACUGAACACAAUUAUAGCUAAACUGGAUGGAGAAAUCCUCAAAUUAUGUGCAGAGAAUGCCUCAACUGUGGAUGCAGAAGUUCAGGAGACCAGAAAUAUAAAAGAACCAGAGCCUCCUGAAGAUGAUCAAAAUCACCUAAGCUCUUGUGAUCCCCUUGAAGCUAACUCUGGGCAUAAACAGGAGGAUAGAAAUGAUCAAAAUACAAUGCCAUCACAGGACACUGAGCAAACAUCAGACAACAGACUCUGCAGUUCUGACCGCAAUGAUGUGAAAGAGACGCGGCAAGAAUUAGUGGUCAAAAGUGAUCAAGGGAGUGAUACUGAGGACUGUCAUUCUCAAGAAAGAAAGACAGAUUUCCUGGAGGGGACAGAAAAAGCAAAAGAGGAAACAAAUGAAUGGAUCACAGUAGGGCUCAGCGGUCAACAGGGAGACAGCCAAUCAGAUGUACCGGACACAUGCUUCAUCAGAGCACCUAUGGGUGUGGCUGAGGUCCUGAGAUGUGAGGUGGCCGACACCCUGAGCUGCCUGAUGGUGACGGGUUCAGAGGAGCUGGUCAGCAGAGUGAUCAGGCUCAAAGUUCAGGAGGGAGCUAACGUACACUUCCCCCUGACUGUGGUUGUGCCUUUCUGCGCACAUUACCGCGGCAACUACAGGGAUGUUGCAGUGAAGAUAGUUGACAGGGAGAGGCGGGCAAGCUACGUCACUCCUGUAACCACAGAGGGCAUGUAUGGAGGUCACAGGGGCUCAUUUGCAGAUGUGAGGGUGUAUUCCCUUGGCCUGUUUGCAGUGGUGUCCUGUCUAAAAAGAGAAAAUUACACAGUUACCACAAAAGGUUUGUCACUAAAGCUACCCAUGGACCCCCGGAUUUGCCUGAACUACCUCCCAGGAGCCUUCGCUGCUCCAGUUAUAGCACAAACCAUGAUCCAGCCAGUAGAUGCUGUUCUUCUAGCUGCCGUCAAGACUAGGAGCGAUGCCUACCACGCGGUGGUGUCUACGAGUCCGUUUCUCUACCUCACCCACCCAUCCUCUAAGCCCCUGAGAAGACCCCUCACUCUCACCCUUCCCUGUCCCCCAAACACUGAAAAGAAAAGGCAGACAAGGGGACAAGAAGAGGAGCAAGACCCACAAAUGUGGCCUGUCAGUGGUUCUCCAUCAUGGGAUCAACCUGCUUCCCACAGAAGGAGAGCCUCUGGGAAGUCUAAAGAGAUGUCAAACGAGCCGCCGAUUGUUCUGGGUUCAAGAGACAAACAGUGGAGCAUCCUGGAUAAAGUCACAGUCAGGAACCAGCUAAAUGGGCUGGUGUCUUUUGAGCUGACGGAGCACGUUGACAGACUGCUGGUGGUGCGUCUCCUGUCUCCCCUGCAGCCUCUCCACCUCUCCUCCCUGGCAGAGGAGCUGGAGGAGUCGGUCUGCUGCCAUGCGGUCACCGUCGUCCUCCAGCGGAGACAGGAUGAGCCGCACGACCUCCUGGUGGCUGUCCUCCCCAACAGAGACCUCAGCUGGGAGACGUCCAAACUGCGAGCCCAGGGAUACAGCAGGCUGUCGGAGACAUCGGAGGAGAUCUCCAUGUGUGAGGGAGACCAGCUCCUCCUGCGCUUCAGCGGCAACAUCACCUCCUCAGGAACUCAAAACGAAGGACAUGAUGUCCCAAACGAGCGAAUCACCUUCCACAGUCAGCAGAAGAAUCACCUCAUGGUGCGUCUGACAGAAGUGGACCCGUUUGGGAACUACAGCUCCCCCCACUACAAGGGCACAGCAAUGUUCUACAAGGUCACCAGAGUUCAGCUGGAGUGGCGAGGUGAUAAACUGGUCGCCAUGGACACAAAGCUCCUUGGAGACCCCGUCUGUAAGCUGUCUCUGACUUUACCCAAGAAAGUGAGAACCAUUAAUCGGCCAAUCACAGCCAGGGUGAGGUUACGCGAGGACACAGACUCCCUGUCAGACUCUCUUCUCCUCUGGCUGUCGGCGGAGCUUUCAGAGGAAGAGGUCUCUCUGCUGGUGGUCUCCCUGCGUCUCCGUCGAAGCGCCGCUCAGCUGGUGAAGCUGCGGGCCGGGGAUAGCCUCUCCACCCAGGCCUUCCACCUCCUGGCCAUGUGGAGGAGGGGGCUUCCUGCUGCCACCCACCAUCUCAAAGCCUCUCAGCUCGCCCACUGUCUCGCCAAGAGCGGAAGGCCGGACCUGGCCAGGGAGCUGCUGCUGCGCCAGGCCGCCGUCCCCAGCCAGGGAUCACUGGAAUAGAUGAGAAAGUAGAAAUCACACUAUGAUUGUUGUCAAGAGCAUCUGGGCCUGCCAAGUGUGAAGGUGGCAGUAUUCUGUUUAUCCACUAGAGGUCAGCAUCGUACUGUGAGUGUAUGUGCUCCCUUCCAGAUUUGUGUCGAUUAUUUUUGAGGCAUGAGUAAGUUCACAGAGUGCAUUUAGAGGCCUGAAGACUUAAUGUCAUACAGUUAAAACGCAAAAAAGCUUAUUGUAUACCUCAAAUUAGUAUAGAAAGUGAUAUUUGUCUGCUUACCUCAAUUGGCAAUUGUCUAAUUGUUGUCUUGUGACCAAACUCCCGUCUGGGUUAAGUGGUGCUGGUUAUAUUUCUAAGCAUUGUAUGUGACACGUGACACUUAUUAGCAUAUUAGUGAUAGGCAAUACAACUUACCUCAUAUCUUGUGUUUUAAUGCAAUUAAUCUCUGGAUACGAGCAGGAAGAUGUAUCUGUACUUGAUUCAGAAUGUAAUGCUAUUUGAAUACAUUAUUAAAUUAUAAAGGUAUUACUUUUCUUGAAGUUACCUAAGCUGUAGCUGAUACUUUAACACACUCUUAAUGUUAGCUUGUAUUACAACUUUUCUAAGCUUAUUUGUUCGUAGAUUUUUCUUUUUCUCAUAAGCAUUCUCUGCAGCGUCUUCACAAACUCACUUCAUUUCGUAGUGUAUCUCCUCAGACAGGUGAUUCACAUGAGCAGUCAUCCAUCUCUUCUCUGUGUAAACAGUUGCUGGCACCGAGCUGCGACCUAUUUUUAGCUCCAUGACACGAGUCGUCUUUAAGGCUUGACAGUGUCUGUUUAUGAUUGAUUGGACAACAACAGCUUGUUUCUCAGCCUAAGAAGGUGCAUCUAUGUUUGGAUACGAGUUGGAAAAAACAUGGAAGAUAUAUGAAUGAUUCAUAACUGUUUGAAAAUUCUUCUUUAAAACAAAAAAUCUGAUAUGCAUACACAUGCUUUGCAUAUUUGUAAAUGUGCAUUCUAAAAAUUGGUUAUUUAGUAACAUGUUUGGAGUUUUUGAACAUCACAUGGUCUUUACUGUCAUGUUGGUAUAAAGAAAAAAUGUCUUUGAGCUGUUUAGAUUUGAGGCCUAAAAGCUUGUGAGAAAUGACAGAACGUCUAUUUUAUAUUUCUAUAUCUUCUCCUGUUAAACCUGAUCUGAUAACAAA